AUGAUUUUGGUUUAUGCACUCCUUCAGAACCACGUGAUCCCACACGUCAUUUGCGAGUCCGCCAUCACCGGCGAGCACCGAGUCCGGACGAUCUCGAACAACAAGCUGAUGUUCAACUGCGACAUUCAGGGAGCUUACGUCGAGAACACCAAACUUAGGGGCAACUUCAAUCUGGGGAAGAACGGAAUCAUCCACAUGAUUGAUGAUGUCCUACUUCCUGAUCGAGGUAAAGGAAACAGCUGUAGUACACGUAUCAAGAACCUGGUGGAACUGGCCGAGAGCCGAAAUCUGGUCACAUCGUGGAACUUGUCAAGAAAGCCGGUUGGAAGAGACUCUCAGCCACACGGAGACUACACCUUCUUCGUCCCGGAUGAGGCUGCUUGGUAUGCCUUGGAUUCGCAAGUACUGAACGAAGCCAGGAGGGACAUGGACAUGGCUGGCCAAUUGGUCAGAUUCCACGGAUCCUAUGGAAGGCACUUGACCAAUGCCAUCACUGAUAAUCAGGACUGGAACAAAACUGACGAAGAGAUAGACAAUCAGGUUACCCUCCAUUCCGUACUUUUUCCUAAAGUUAGCUGGUAGUCGAUGAGUCACUGC